AAUGUUUGUGUUUUUAUUACUCAUGAUAUCUCAACCGACUUCCCAAAUAAUAUUUUUUUGGAUUAGUAAAAGUGAAAUUUAUUUAUGCCAGUGCUUUAGCUCAAACUUAGAUAGUUAAUGAAUCACAAGCUAAAAAGAAGUUUGUCGACAAGCACAUAUUAUUCUAAAACAAACUCACUAACUCUUUGUUUAAUCAUCUCGGCAAUCAUUAUUUACUGCCUCUCUUAUUAGUGUUAUGCUUUAAACUUGGAUUUAUUUGUCUUUUAGCCUGUAAGUGACCUGUCAAAAGAGAGAAUAUUUGCCCUUCCCAACUCACCUCUUAUUAUUUAUAGUUAAUGUCCAUUACUUGAUUGAAAGCUCUCUUCUUUAUACUUUUGGCUAACUCAUCAAGCUCUCUCUUUGCUUUAAAUCAGCAUCAUAUCGAUAUAUAUGCUAUAUACUAAGUAGAGUUUGCUUUGAAUAAAUGGGGAGAAAACCUUGCUGCGAAAAAAUUGGAUUGAAAAGAGGUCCAUGGACUAUAGAAGAAGAUCAUAGACUCAUGAACUUCAUUCUUAACAAUGGCAUCCAUUGCUGGAGAGUCGUCCCCAAACUUGCAGGUUUGUUGAGAUGUGGGAAGAGCUGUAGAUUGAGAUGGAUUAAUUAUUUGAGACCUGAUCUCAAGAGAGGUGGUUUCACUGAUGCUGAAGAAGAUACGAUUAUGGAACUUCACUCUCAACUUGGCAAUAGGUGGUCUAAAAUUGCCUCACAUUUCCCCGGUCGAACGGAUAACGAGAUAAAGAACCAUUGGAAUACGAAGAUCAAAAAGAAGAUGAAACAUCUUGGUUUAAAUCAGGCUGCGCAUGAACCAAUAAAUAGUAUCACCAACCAAACCGAAUCUAAGCAGAUAACAAAUCCAAACAUGUCUUCUACCAUCAAAGAAAAAGAAGAAACCAAGGAUCAACCAAAAGAUGAUGUUAUAAUAGAAACAACGAAACCCUUAAUAGUAUCCAAUAAUGAUGAAGAAAUUCAGACAGAAAACUGCAAAACUUUAUAUGCAGAAGAAGUAGACAUCGGAUCUCUAUUCACAAUGCAAGACAACGAGAUAUCUAUCUCGUCUUCUUCGUUCUCUUCUUUAUAUAGUAAUAUUUCAAGAAGUGAAUCUUCAUCAUAUCUUGCAGGAGAUUCAAUCUCUUUAGAGCAAUGGGACUUGGAUAUGACGGACCCUUUGGUGCCUUGGGACCUCUUCACCAAUCUUGAUGAUACGCUUUUCCUUUAUGACAAAAUGUGAUAUAACAUUGUUGCAUAUCUAUAAAAUAAUUAUCGUAAGUAAUUAAUUAGUAGCUUCAUUUCAUGUAUGUAAGAUUGGAGUAUGCAUGGCGUGCAAUAAUGUAUUAUAAUUUUCUCAUACAAUAUGUAUCAUGUAUGCAUAUAUAGUGUCAUAGUGACGAUAUUUUUCUCGUAUUAAUUAGUAGCUAUAAUGUACUUUUUAGUUUUAUAGGUAAGACCGUAAGUCACUAUCACCAUUAUCGUAGUAAUUUUCAAAUAGUUGUUCGUAAUUAUAUAUCAAGUUCCAUACAAUUCUACUAAAUUCUUGCAACACUUCCAAUAAAAACAGGCAACAUAUAUAUAUAACAAAACCAAUCCCACCUCCCACAUGUGCGGCACAAUAAGUGUUGCUUACAUUAAUUUAUAUAUGUAUAAAUGUGUUCUUUAUAGUUUGGUGAAUUAGGUCAAUGCGGCCUUUCAUCUGUUAAAAGAAACAUUUACGGGAAAACAUAUAGAAGGAACAUAUACUAAACAAAACUUGUGAAAGUGACUUAAAUCCUUUUUUAAAAAAGAAGAAAAAAACUUAUGAAACAAUUGGCCCGUUUGAAAAUUAACAAUGAGUUCCAAAAUAAAUUACACCUACCACUUUUGCAAAAAAUAAAAAAAACAAUUGUACCUACU